UUAAACGCAAAAUUGGCGAAAUAAUGCCAACGAGUAAAAUAUUGAAACAAAAGUUAUACGUUCUCCAUCUCACCACGUAUACAAGUGUGAAGAGAGAGAAAGUGAUCUUUGUAUCGCACGAAAAUAUGACAAUUAAAGAUUAUUUUGUUAGGAUUGUUAAGGUGGAAUAACUCAUAGAUUUUAAAUAUAGAUUAUAAAUAUGAAUAUAGAUUUCAAAUCUCAAUCUACCCAUGUUCAUGUCUUUAAAUGCAAAUUGCUAAAAUGGCAUCAAUCUCAAGAUUUUUCAGAUAAAUGGAACUUUUCAUACUUUAAUGUAAGACUAAUUUUUGGUAGUACGGAAUUAUCGACAUGAAAAAAUAGCGAAUUAAUUUUUAAGGAAAUUUAUUAUGAACAAGUGGCAAAUGAAUUAGUAAUUUUUUAAUCGAUAGUUUUGUAAUACCAGAAAUUACCUUUACAUUAAAGUAAGUAUGAAAAGUUGCGUUUAUCUCAAUACUUGUGAAAUUGGCGUCAUUUUAGAAACUUCCAUUUAAAGAGAUUGAAUAGGGGUAGAGUGAGAUAAAAAAUCUAUACCAUAUCAAAUCUUCAUCCUAUACAACCUUAAUAAAUUGGGUGCCAGCUCUGAGUCAUCAAACAACUUCUAGAGUUAUUUCAAUAAUGUGUUUUCCGACGUUUUCAAGAAUCACACAAUUAAUUUAGCAUUGACGUAUUUUUCCACGGAUAUGUACAAAGAUAACCGAAUAAACACCAUUAUAUACUUAACUCUGCGGAAUCAUCCUUUCAAGUGGAAACUUUCAACAGCAACCUCACCUGUCCCCCAAACAAAAUCAUGAACAUGUUUUUUCCAUGUAAAAAUUAACUUGACCAUGCACCCCACCGGAAGUCUACGCAUUUAAACAUAUGAAUUCAAUCAAUACUUCAAAAUCACUUGAAGUACUCGUGUCAUCGAGAUAUGGUGAAAUGCUGUCAGAAAAAUUCAAUUGUCUCGGCAUCAUCAGAAUGUCUGAUGUUUUGCAAGCAUGAUACGACUCAACUUCGUUAUCAAAAAAUUGUCACACAAUUGUCCUGUUCAUGAACAAUAUAAGUCCAUAAUUUGGCAGUAAUUGGUCAUCUUUCUCUCACUCGGUUGUCCAAAAGCUUGGUUGGUGGUCAUACUUAAUUUAAUUGUAACCAGAUCUCAGUAAUUUAAAAAAAAACAGGAUGAAAUCCAUUCUCCAAGUAAUCACGAUAGCCGUGGUGUUGACCCUGGUCACUGCCAAGAUCUCUCUUCCGCGGAAUGUGACAACGCAUUCUGCGAAAGUAUGGCUCGUCAAGACGAUCACGUUCAGCUACGUGGACCGUUUCGUGAAGGAAUUAAGGGCUGCGGAUAAGGAGAUAUUUCGAACCGGUCGUCGUCCGAUCGAAGGAAAAGCCACGCUUCUGCCCCCAUUUCCUGAUCCCGUGUUGGUAGAACCGGGCGAAGUAGUGAUUGAUAUCCCGUUAGAUUUUUUGGACCCGCCAGUCACAAUUACGGGAAAUCUACAGACCACCAACGAUUUGGAAAUUGCUGGAUUGAGUGGUCUCGUCGACAAUUUUCAGUUUAUCAUUCUCACAGGCCGAAUAUCGUGGGACUUGUCGCUGCCUUUUGCGGCCUUGUCCACGUCUGCCUACAACAUGCACAUCGAGGUCAAAACGGGGGAAGAAGUGACGGACGUUAUUGACGGGUCGGGAGACAUUUCUGCCUCGGUGGCCGAUGUUUUCCUGCAGAUUCUCGCUUUUCUGAAAACUACUGGAAAUCUAGGGGUGCGUAGUAUGGAGUUGGACGUUGGGUUUAAAGAUUUAAGUCUGGACGGCGGAGAGGCUACGAUUGACGGUGAACCAAUUAAUUGGGUCGAAUUGAGCACGGACAUUCAAGAAUUCUUUGACGCCGCGUGGACGGAUAAUGACCUGUUUAAAACCAUUCUUACCGAAGCUGUGAGAUGUUCUGUGGACCAUGUGAUUAAUGAUUGUACACUGGUCGGGAUAAUCAAUGAUCCAAGUUGCUUGAAAAUCGACCUGAAUCCGGCAUGUUUGGAACCUUUGAUUCCCACUGAACCAACUGUUCCAACUACGCUUCCCACUGGUGAACCAACUACUGAGCCAACUAGUGAACCAACUACUGAGCCAACUACUGAGCCAACUAGUGAACCAACUAGUGAGCCAACUACUGAGCCAACUAGUGAACCAACUACUGAGCCAACUAGUGAACCAACUAGUGAACCAACUACUGAACCAACUACUGAGCCAACUAGUGAACCAACUACUCAGCCAACUAGUGAACCAACUACUGAGCCAACUAGUGAACCAACUAGUGAGCCAACUACUGAACCAACUACUGAGCCAACUACUGAGCCAACUACUGAGCCAACUAGUGAACCAACUACUGAGCCAACUAGUGAACCAACUACUGAGCCAACUACUGAGCCAACUAGUGAACCAACUAGUGAGCCAACUACUGAGCCAACUAGUGAACCAACUACUGAGCCAACUAGUGAACCAACUACUGAACCAACUACUGAGCCAACUAGUGAACCAACUACUGAGCCAACUAGUGAACCAACUACUGAGCCAACUAGUGAACCAACUACUGAGCCAACUAGUGAACCAACUACUCAGCCAACUUGUGAACCAACUACUGAGCCAACUAGUGAACCAACUACUGAGCCAACUAGUGAACCAACUACCCUUCCCACUACUGAGCCAACUACUCGUCCCACUACGGAACCAACUACUGAGCCAACUACCCUUCCCAGUACUGAACCAACUACGCUUCCCACUGUCCCAACUACAACCCCCACUGUGCCAACUACAACCCCUACUGUGCAAACUACCACAGAACCAUCCACAACGACUUCUUCGGGACUUUCAAUUGUGUCAAAUGCAUUCAUCGUGCUAACCGUCAAUUUACUUACUAAAUUCUGUUAAUUAAAUACAUAAUUAAAUAUAGUUGCUUAUAAUUUAUAUUUUGUCUGUGAAAAAUAAAACAAGGUGGAUUUUUUAAAAAUUAAGCCAUA